GGACUCCACAAUCCAGACGCUUCCCUUCCGAGCUCCUUUCUGUCCAUUCUUCUGUAAUGUUCUGUUGUUAACAUACAAAAUCAGCAGGUAGGUUCAUGUCAGCCUUACCAUGUCAUCAUAUGUACAUGCAUAAUAAAACAUGCAGGUUUUAUGUGUAUCAGUUAAGUUUUAGCAUCUGGGUGGCUGUGUUUAGCCACCACGCCAGUGAGACAGACCAGGCACUCCCCAACUCUUCAAAGCUAAUCUGCUCAGCUCAGGCACUACUGAUACAGAUCCCUGACACAGAUUUGAUUACUCCUGGGUUGUUUAAAAAUUACACACCGGGUCUAUUCUCUCUCAAACCGCCGUCCGUCAAUCAUGGAUCAGGUAAUGCAGUUUGUUGAGCCAAGUCGGCAGUUUGUAAAGGACUCAAUUCGGCUGGUUGAAAGAUGCACCAAACCUGACAGAAAAGAAUUCCAGAAGAUUGCCAUGGCCACACCAAUAGGAUUUGCUAUCAUGGGAUUCAUUGGCUUCUUCGUGAAACUGAUCCAUAUCCCUAUUAAUAACAUUAUUGUGGGUGGCUGAGUCCUUUCUCAUCAUGGGAACUACUAAACUAAUGAGAGUGUGAUGAGCUCAUGAAGUAAAAAGCUGCCUGUGCUUUGUGUUUUUCUUUCCUUUCCUCUUCCCCAUGAGGUUUUCUAUUUCUAAAUUAAAAUAAUUUCAAAAUAAUAAA